GCCUCUCUCACAUACAAAUCAACAUGAUCAACGACUACAAACCCAUGACGAACCUCUCCAUUGUCGUCAGCGACAACUCGAGCCCUCGGGAAAUCUACCCGUGGUGGCGCAUCCGUAGUCACUAUGUCCGCGAAUGUCUCGCGGAAGUCGCCGGCACGUUCAUCAUGAUGGUGUUUAUCAACGGAGUGGUGGCCCAAGUCGUGUUGGGCGAAGGCAAAAACGGAGACUACACGCACAUCUCGAUCGGGUGUGGGCUCGCGGUCAUGCUGGGCAUCCACGCCGCGGGGGGGGUCAGCGGGGCGCACUUGAAUCCUGCGAUUUCCAUCGCAUUGGCCGUGUACAAUCGGUUUCCGUGGAAGAAGGUGCCAAUGUACGCACUGAGUCAGUUCGUGGGGGCGUUCAUUGCGGCACUGUUUGUGUUUAUCGUGUACUAUCCCGCUUUGAAUGCUAUGGACCCGGACCGCACUGUAAGCAAAACCGCCGGCAUCUUCGCCACGUACCCCAUGUCCUGGGAGCACCAAGGCAGCGCGUUCGUGUGUGAAAUGCUGGCCACGGCGCUGCUGGUGUUUACCAUCUUCAGCGUGGACGACCCGACCAAUAUGCCGACCAACCCGAUCAUGAAGCCCCUCACCGUGGGGCUGAUUGUGGUAAUGAUUGGCAUGAGUUUUGGCAUGCCCACUGGAUACGCCAUGAACCCGGCCCGCGACUUGGGCCCCCGAACGUUCACUGCACUCGCCGGAUGGGGCUCGGGGGUGUUUACGGCCGCAAACCAUUACUUUUGGAUCCCCAUCGUCGCCCCCAUCGUCGGCGCCAUCUUGGGCGGCGGCGCGUACAUCGUUGUGAUUUCCAACCACCACGACGAAGACGACGACUUGCGCGCUAGCUUUGUGCCCGACCUGCACGCGUCUCUGCUCGCGUAAAUGUAUGUACUCGUCGUACUCUUUGUAAACUAAUCAAUUCUAG